UUCACUCAAGCUAGUUUCAAUCCAGACCUCGUCUGAUCCCAUCACUAUCUUCUAUCCCCAACCCUACAACCACGAUGGUGGGCAUCAACGAAGUCCGAAGGUCGAAUGCCACUCUCCACGCCCGCAAUGGAAGCUUCGUCGCGGUAUUCGUGGGAGGGACCAGCGGAAUCGGAGAAGCAACAGCCAAGGAGCUAACGAAAGUCAUCAAAAAGCCGACCAUUCACCUCAUAGGACGGAACGCGGUCGCUGGAUCAAAGAUAUUGGAGGAACUGAAAUCAGCAAAUCCUGAGGGAACCUUCCAUUUCAUUCAAUCAGAUAUCUCGCUCCUGAAGAACGUAGAUGAAGCCUGUUCAGAAAUCAAGCAGAAAGAAAAAGCCAUCGAUCUCUUAUUCCUGUCCACAGGACAUCUCGCAACAUCAAAGCAAAACACCAAAGAAGGCCUCGAAAAUAAUCAUGCCCUCCGCUACUACUCCCGUAUGCGCUUCGUCCACAACCUCCUCCCCCUCCUCAGCGCAUCCGAAACGCCAGCACGCGUCGUCACCGUCCUGGGCGGCGGCCAGGAAGGCAAAAUUGAAGAAGACAACCUCGACUUGCAGAAAUCCUGGUCCUUCAUGAAAUCCACUACCUAUGCUGCGACCAUGAACUCCCUCGCCGUGGAGCACCUGGCUACAUUACAUCCCUCCAUCAGCUUCGUUCACAUGUUCCCCGGCAUUGUCCGCACACCUCUCAUGAAUAAAACAAUCGGUCCGAUUGCGGGUUCCAUCGUUGGCUUCCUUUCCCGGCCGAUGUCGAUCUCGUCGGAGGAGAGCGGCGAGCGGAAUGUGUUUAUCUCUACCUCCGCUGCUUAUCCGCCUGCUGUGCCUAGGGAGGGGAAUGUCGGGGUUCCGCUCGUUGAGGGGUUGAAGACGAGCGUUGCUUCGACUGGGAAAGUCGGUGGAGGGUCGUAUAUUCUCAAUUAUAAAGGGGAGGAUACGACGAAUGAGAAGGUUAUGAGCGGGUACCGGGCGGAGGAGUUCCCGAGGAAAGUCUGGGUUCAUACCCUGGAGACGUUUAAGAAGGCGUUUGAUCCUGCACAGUAGAACAUGCCUUUCUCACGGUUAAAUCAUUUUAUGAUGAUAGCUGGGCCAGUCUCCUUGCCGUAAAAGGAAUGAAAGAACCUCACAGUACGAAUUAUACAUCCCGCGACAUCAUCAAACAUCAGGUCGAUCACGGAGUACGCAGCCCAGCCCCCGGACUACUUAAAUACAUUCCUGACGCCAGUGUGCCCAACGCUCCACACACAUAUCUCAAAUCCGAACCAGUGAAAGACGACAACCAAACCGACACAAACCACCAAGAACAAACUCCCCUACGAUCGACAAGUAUCCCUUCCAACUAAAA